GGAUGUGGGGGUUACCAUUGACGCUAUGUGUGGAGGUGCUUUUUAGUAAUGGAAAUAUUUCAAGACUUUCUAUAACCUUAACUUGAUCAUACUAUUAAGUUGAUGGGAUAUUUGUUAAUGAUAUAAUAGCACAAAGUUUCAAUAAUAAUGGUACAUUCUUUAUUUAGACAGGAUAGCAAAAUUGGUAUCAAAUGACUAGUCAAUGGGGUUGUAAAGUUCGGGGAAUUUUUUUUUUUUUUGGUGAAGUCCUUAAAUGUAUUUGCAUCACAUCAUUUACAUGUGCUAAUUUACAAGUUAAAGUCUUAGUACAUGUGUACCAAACGGAGAAGUACAAUAGCGACCGAAAAGCGAAGGACUGUAAAUAGUGUAGCCCCCAUAUCAAUACAUGCAAGUGUAGGUUGUUAAGCUUUUUACGAUCACUAUGGGAUUAUUUUCCGAGCGAAGUGAGUAACCAGUGAGCGAUAAAUUGUGGACAUGUAAAUUACAGAUAUGACAGAUGAACAGCACUGAGACCCUUAUCCAAUCAUUUGAAGAUACGUGAAAUCUUUGUCAUUCAAGAGAAAUAUGUCGACAGACAAAGAUGAGUCCGCUAACGAGGAAAUACUUUCUACAGAGGAGGUGCAGUCACUAUCGUGUCCAUGUGACUUCUCGAAAACUAUCUACAAAACGAUCCGUCAACCGAAUGAACUGUCUCUUACUCUGCUGACCCAAAAGCUGCCAAAAGAUGAGAAACAAAAAAGUUGUUCUGGAUUUGGUAAUCAGAAAUUUCGUAAACCAACGCUGGGUAAUACGCCUGUGUAUCAGAAAAUGAGUCCAAAUUCCGGAGAGAAAAGAUCUGUUGCAGAACGUCUGGAAGAUAAAGAAAAUUUCGGUGCCUCGAAAUGUGCGAGAAAGAAAUUAGACUACACCCAAGCACUGUAUAAGAAGAAAGCGAAUAUGGCGACAAUUCUAGAAUUAGAUUGUAUGGACUCGGGAAAAUCACCACCUGAUCCACCGAAAUUUACAUUAGACUCCAAACGAAGUCAAAUAGUGUCUAUUUCUAGAAGAAAGUCCAGACGUCCGCAGUUUGAACAAACUAUGUUUUACACGUGCUCACCGGAACAGCUAUCUCUCCAUAAAAUGCGAUGUUCCAUUUACUCCAGUUUGGGAGGCAGUUGGAGCAUCAUAAAUCCAGAAGAGUGUAAACGUGUUUGUUUUCAGUGCUUUAAUAAAACGCGGGUAGAGUCAUUUGACGAUCUGACUCCUGGAGACCACAUUUCAAUUCAUCGCGCCGCCGGGUAUGAACACCACGCCAUCGUGAUUGAAGUGCUUCCCGAUGAGAAUGACCACACCCGCGGUGUUCUGAAAGUCAUCCACCGCAGUGCGCACGCAGGGGAACUCGUGAAAGGCAUUUUACUGUGCAUGAUCACUGUGGGACAGUACGGAAAUUUAGCCUACUUGCGAGAGGAAAACGUGAAUUUCGAUCUCAAAAAGCAGGACGUCUACAUAAUUCAAUACAAAAAUAGACCUUUUACACGUUCGAAAAUCAUACGACGUGCACGUGCGGAGUUGGAGAAUGACAUUACCUUGUACAGUAUAUCUUCGGACAACUGUGAACACUUCGCUAACUGGUGUGCCACGGGGGAGUACUACAGCCAUCAGAUUGGGCUUUUAAAGGGAACUCUACAGGCACUUCUUUUUUCGGACUAUGAGGGUUAUAACCGAAUGCUGAACUACCUAGCCGAGAAUGGGUUGAUGUGUGAUGAAUGCUUUAAAGAAGCCAAAAAAGCACAGGAGGAAAAUCGGUUGUGGUCAGCAGAACCAAAAAACAAUUCCAUAUCUGAUAUGCUUCCAUGAGGGAAAAACUUUUCCAAGUUGCAAAAUGCCCGAUUGUGUUCACUACUUAAUACGCCUUGGAAAUUCUGUUUACGUCAGUAUUUCAUGAAUUAGAAAGUAGAAAUAUCGCCAAAAUGCACUAAACCAGUAAUCUCAUUUUAUUUUGCAUGCAUGUCAUUUUAUUUAUUUUUUGUUUUACAUUUUAUUAAAACUUCUAAUUCCAA